UUCUUCACCCCCUUUUGCCCUCUUCUCUCUCAGCUUCUCUACCAAUACCCCACACAAAAAUUCACGCAAAUCUUGUUUUUCCCUAAAAGGGUUGCUUCUAUAUGCAAUUUAAUCAAUACCCACAAGAAAUUCUUGUUCUGCAGACCCAAGAUUUGCUCUACAUGGUUAUCGCAGUGGUAUCCUUUGGAUUUUGUUGAUUUUCGUCAACCCCAUCUCAGCAAAAGUUAUAACAGGGUUGGUGUUUUUUUGUUCCAAAGUUAUGGUGUCUUCGAUGUUUUGCCAUGUACCCAGUGAAGCAGAGAUGGAUUAUCCUCCGUUUUACUCUCGAAAGAGAUUAAAGUCUUUAGAUUUGAUUGGUAUGGAUAUAAAUUCAAAGGGUUCUAUUGAGGAUGAAAAACAUGAUGAUGUAGUGUCUGCAAUGGAGUUAACUAUUGGUUGCUUGCAAAAUCUUGGUUCACCAUCGUGUGUUGAGAUGAGUUGCCAGUCUAAUGGGGAGAGUGAGAACAUUUCAUCACCUCAUGAUGUCGGUGGCAGUUCAACGAGUGACAAGAGUAAUGUGGUGUACCCACAAGCUGUACUUGCAACUGGAUGGAUGUAUGUCAAUGAACAGGGUCAAAUGUGUGGUCCUUACAUUAAGGAACAGUUAUAUGAGGGUCUGUCUACUGGUUUUUUGCCGGAAGAACUUCUCGUUUAUCCCGUCUUAAAUGGGACCAUUUCGAAUGCGGUGCCCUUAAAGCAUUUCAAUCAAUUUCCUGACCAUGUUGCGACUGGCUUUGCUUAUCUCAUGGUUUCUUCCUCUGGUGCGAAUGGACCGACAGAUCAGUCCAUGGGAGUUGCCAAAGAUUCAGGAGUAAAUGGAGUGGAGUUGCCAACAACUUACCCCUACUCUAUCUCCGGGGCUGAACAUGGAACUCAUUCCUUGAACCAACAGAUGGUGACCGCUGGCUUUGCCGGAACAUUUGCUCCGUCUAUGUCUUCGGUCAACGAAGAAUUGUGUUGGCUCUUUGAAGAUCAUGAAGGGAGGAAACAUGGGCCACACUCUCUUGUGGAGCUUUAUUCAUGGUAUCAUUAUGGAUACAUUGUGGAUUCAGUAAUGAUACAUCAUGCCGAUGACAAGUAUAGACCGUUUAGUUUGAAAUCUUUGAUUAGCAGUUGGACUACGGCUACCCCUGGAGGUCUCUUUUUGUCUAAUCCUGAUGGGCAUGAGACUGCAUCUUUACAAGAUUUGGUAUCCGAAAUUUCUCAAGAAGUAUGCUCCCAGCUACACGUGGUUAUCAUGAAAGCAGCCCGUAGGACUCUUCUCGAUGAGAUAGUUAGCCAUGCAAUUUCAGAGUGCAUCUCUGAAAAGAGAGAUCUCAAGAAAGCCACUAAUCAAAAGAAAGUCACUAAUCAGUCUGUCAAGAUGUCAUCUCCUGGUACCAGAAUGUCUGCAGGUUUUGGUGGCAGUAAGGCCUUAGUUGCUCCUGACAGGAGUGCAGAAGCUCCUAAUCUUCUAAAGGGGAAGUCUCCUGCUGCUGAAAUCCCUUUGAAGUCUUCAGGAAGCUCAAAAUCUGUUGGAAGCUUUGAGAACUUUUGUGAUUCUUAUACAGUUCUUUGCAGGAAAUUAUUUGACUCUUGCAUACAUAGUAUCUGGAACGAUGUCUUCUAUGACCAUGUGGCAGAGUAUUCAUCUGUGUGGCGGAAGAGAAAGCGAUGGUCACCUCCUUGUCUGAUGGUUGAAUUGAACAUUCAAGCAAAGUCAUAUGCUAAUUGCACCAGAAAGCUUUCUACUGAAGUUUUGCAAGUGGAGGAAGAAUCCUUCCCCCCAGGAUUUGAGGAAAAGAAUGUGACAGUGGAUUUGCCUUCAGUUUUGUCAUCAAAAGACUGCACCACUGAGCUCUCUACUGAAGUUUUGCAAGUGGAGCAAGAAUCUUCCGGCUGUGAUCUUGAUUUCCCCCCAGGGUUUGAGGAGAAGAAUAUGACAGCGGAUUUUCCUUCAGUUUUGUCAUCAAAAGAUCGCACCGCGGAGCUCUCUACUGAAGUUUUGCAAGUGGAGCAAGAAUCUUUUGGCUGUGAUCUUGAUUUCCCCCCAGGGUUUGAGGGGAAGAACAUAACAGCUGAUUUGCCUUCAGUUUUGUCAUCAAAAGAUUGCACCGUGGAGCUCUCUACUGAAGUUUUGCAAGUGGAGCUAGAAUCUUCUGGCUGUGAUCUUGAUUUCCCUCCAGGGUUUGAGGAGAAGAAUAUGACAAUGGGUUUGCCUUCAGUUUCAUCAUCUUUUAAUGAUGAAAAGGUGUUGUCUAGAUCCAGUCAUGCAACGGAUCUUGAAGCUAAUGAUCGUAUGCAACCUAUCCUUGAGAGUGUAUUGGAUGAACUCCACCUGUCUGCAAAGAUGUCCUUGGAAGAGUAUUUCACUAGCCUUUUGCAUGAAGAGGUGAUGGGAAAAGUUGAUUCCCUUAAAGAUGGCGUGAUAAUUAAGGUUGCCGAGGAUCCAAAUUUUUUUAAUGGCGGUGCAAGUCAAAAUGAUUCCUCUGAUGGCAUUUUGGUGUCAGAAAACUUAGCUCGUAUUGAUAUUCAGAAUACUUCCUCGCGCAAAAAAUCAUCGCACCAGAACUCUAUUGAUACAUAUGUGAUUACUGUGUCAGAUUGGUUUUCAAGUGCAUUUCAGAAGUCUGCCGGUUUAGAAAAUGCCUCCAGUAGUGAAAUGACUGAUGAGCUGCAACCACCUGAAUGCGAAGCUGUUCCUGUACAAACUUCUAAAGUUCGACUUGCUAGGUCUGAUGAUUCUAUUUUGAGAAUAAUAUGGUAUGCAACCCUGUCAAAUUGCCGGCAGAAGGUACAUGAGAAAGCACUAAGAGAGUUGAAAAGUUUUCUUAUUGAUGAUAUUAUUAGAAACUUUUUGACAACUUCAUCUUCUGCGAGGAGAUGUAGUAAAUCAGAGGAUUCUCAGGUCACAAGAAGCAAAGUGGGUGAUGAGACACGUGAUAAAUCUCCAGAUGCAUUAAGCAAAAGCGUGGAUGGUUUUCCUAAGGUAUCUACAGCAGCGGGGAAAUAUACAUAUUACCGGAAGAAAAAAAUGGUUAAAAGAAAGUCAGGCUCUUCAUCGCAGCCUCUCCCUGGUGGAGACGUUGGCUACGAGAAGAGUUCUAUUAACAAGUCAAGGAAAAAAGAUCUCUUGGGAAAGGCAACAGAGAGCACUAAAGGUGACAAUGCAACUUCAAUUGAUAAGAAAAUUGGGCCGAAAGAUUGUCACAGAGAGUUGUUCACUAAUGCCUCUUUAGUUGUUCCUCCGUCAUCGGUUAUUAUUUGUAACACUAGCUCGGAAAAAGUUGCUUCUGUCUCCAAAGCGGGGAAAAGUAACCCAAGCCACAAAAAACUGAAGGCCACUUCUGUUGCUGAGGUCUCCAGUGGUAAUGGAAAGGUUGAUGGAGAUGUUGUCUUCAGAAAGAGAUCUAGUAAGAAGAAGUCAAGGAAACAAGAUCUCUGGGAUGAGGCAACAGGGAGCACUAAAGGUGACAAUGCAGCUUUAAAUGGCAAGGAAAUUGAGCCGAAAGAUAGUCUCAGAGAGGUGUUCACUAAUGCUUCUUUAGUUGUUCCUCCAUCAUCUGUUACCAAUUGUAACGCUAUCUCAGAGAAAAUUGCAUCUGUUUCAAAAGGAAGGGGAAGUAGUGCAAGCCGCAAAAAACUGAAGGCUUCUUUUGUCGCUGAGGUCUCCAGGGAUAAUGGAAAGGUUGAUGGAGAUGUUGGCUUCAAAAAGAGAUCUAUCGACAAGUCAAGGAAACAAGAUCUCUUGGGGGAGGCUACAGAAAGCGCUAAAGGUGACAAUGCAGCUUUAAAUGUUAAGGAAAUUGGGCUGAAAGAUUGUCGCAGAGAGUUGUCAACUAAUGCGUCUUUAGUUGUUCCUCCAUCAUCGGUUAUUAAUUGUAACACUAUCUCAGAGAAAGUCACAUCUGUUUCCCAAGCAAGAAGAAGUAAUGCCAGCCGCAAAAAACUGAAGGCUGCUAAUGUCACUGAGUUGUCCACUGAUAAUGGGAAGGUUGAUGGAGACAUUGGCUUAAAAAAGAGAACUAUUAUCAAGUCAAGGAAGCAAGAUCACUUAGGGAAGGAAACAGAGAGCAAUAAGGGUGACAAUGCAGCUUUAAGUGUUAAGGAAAUUGGGCUGAAAGAUUGUCACAGAGAGUUGUUCACUAAUGCGUCUUUAGUUGUUCCUCCAUCAUCGGUUAUUAAUUUGAACACCAUCUCAGAGAAAGUUGUAUCUGUUUCCCAAGGAAGAAGUAAUACAGGCCACAGUAAACUGAAGGCUACUUUUGUUACCGAGGACUCCAGUGGUGAUGGAAAGGUGGCUGAGGUUGUGAACAGGGAAUUGGGCACUCAAGAAAUGCAACCGCCCGCUUGUUCGAAAAAGACUCCUAAAUCAGCCAAAUUACCGGAUUUGAAAAAGAGAAAACUAGAGGAUAAUCUGACAGCAUCUCGUUCAAGAAAAAUUCAGAGACUAUCAAGUGGUGCUGGCAACCAAGCUGCAACAAACGUGGCUACGCUAGAGAAGAACCAGAAGGGUAAAUCCCGGGUAGCAAAACAUUGUCCACAAUCAGUUGGCUGUGCUCGAUCUUCGAUCAAUGGUUGGGAGUGGCGUAAAUGGUCGUUGAGGGCAAGUCCUGCCGAAAGGGCUCGUGUUAGGGGAACUAAGGUUGUUCAUAUUCAAUCUGUUAGUUCAGAUGCUAAUGGUUCCCAAAUGUUAAAUGUUAAGGGCAUUUCUGCAAGAACAAACAGGGUUAAGUUGCGCAACCUCCUUGCUGCUGCCGAGGGUGCUGACCUCUUGAAAGCUACUCAAUUGAAGGCGAGGAAGAAGCGCCUUCGCUUCCAGCAAAGUAAGAUACAUGACUGGGGUCUUGUUGCCCUUGAGCCUAUUGAUUCUGAAGACUUUGUCAUUGAAUAUGUUGGAGAGCUUAUACGUCGUCGUGUAUCUGACAUACGAGAGCACUAUUAUGAGAAGAUUGGAAUUGGGAGCAGUUACCUUUUCAGACUGGAUGAUGAUUAUGUGGUUGAUGCAACCAAACGUGGUGGUAUUGCCAGAUUCGUGAACCAUUCUUGUGAGCCGAAUUGCUAUACAAAAGUUAUAAGUGUUGAGGGUGAGAAAAAGAUCUUCAUAUAUGCUAAGCGGCAUAUUGCAGCUGGUGAAGAGAUAACUUACAACUACAAGUUUCCCUUAGAGGAAAAGAAGAUCCCCUGUAACUGUGGUUCUAAGAGGUGUCGUGGCUCGAUGAAUUGAAAUGCAAAGGAGAUGCCAGAUCCAAUGUGUUAGGGGUCCUUUCUUGACCUGUGGUUUCCAAGGAUAUCCGUGCUGCAGUUUUGCCCAUAGAUUUCGUCAUCGUGUACAUCUAGUAAGCAAUGGGUUUGCCCUUGCAACUCUUUGUUGGGCGGUACCAGUGAUGCAUACAUGUACUUCUGGGUUUACGCAUUCUUGUAAAAAAGGACGAGUGUGUGCCCCUUGCAUAUAUUCUUGUAGAUAUCACAGUUGCAGAUGAGUUCCUCCUCUUAAGAAUUCAAAAUCGGUUGUUCUCUAUUAUGCAAUUUCAAGGCACUUUUUUGGAACUAUAUAUUGUGUACAGACAUACAACAUUACAAUAUACCUUCACAUUUCAAGUAUUAUAAUAUACCAUAUUCAAUUCCACGGAAUUCAAAGUACCUUUUAGUUUAUUUGGUUGUUAUGUUGAGAUAUCUUGUGUUGAACCGAGGGUCUAUCAGAAGCAGUCUCUCUACCUCAUAAAGGUAGGGGAAAGGUUUGCGUAUAUCCUACCCUCUCCAGACUCUACUUGUGAGAUUGAACUGGGAAUGUUGUUGUUAUUGUUGAGAUAUAAUGUCUCUGUGUGAAUUCGUUUAUUUACGUUUUCAACAUUAUGUGAUUGCUCUAGUUAUUUUCUUUAAGAUUUACGUCUACAGGUCAAUAUGAUGUGUUAUUUGUGAAUUUUUAGUCUCGAUAAUCUUUCCAUAGAUACAAAAUGUUGUAAUCUGCUGUCUAUUAUGUUAGGAGAGAGUUUGACCCCAAACCCAAUUUAACAUCUCAAAAUGUUCCAUAGUUGAGUCCUCAAAGAUGUUAAGUUGGUACCCUGCAUAUGUGUGAUGUCCUCGGGGUGAGAGUGAUUUAGCAAUGGAUGAGGCAUUAUAUUUACUCGGAUUCUUCAAAAAUAUUGUGGUACAUGUGUCAGAUCUUCCCAAAAGGCACUACUUUUAGAGGAUCCAACACACAUCCGUCGAUAUUUUUGAAAAGUCCGAGCUACAUAAGCCAUAGUAUGCCAGGAAGAGCUCACACAUGGAUAGUUGUCUAUUCUACACAAUUUUUUUUAAGCUAGAAGUUUUUUAUUUUUUUAUUUUUAGUUAGUAGUUUUUCUAAAGCUAGAAAUUUGGCAUUCAAGUUGAUAAAUCUAGUUAGUAUGCCAAAUUAAGUACUUAGGUUUAAAUCCCAUUUUUGGUCAUGGAUUAAAUUUUUUGUACUUGCAUUAUGACAAAGAAACGUUUUAAAUUUUUUUUCUUGGUUCUUUCAUACCAAUCUUAGUUAUUAUUUGACGCAGGGAAUAUCAGGUAUUGCCUGUGCAUCCAAAAUUGCUAGAUGAUGAUGGUGAUGAUGAUGUGGGUCAGUUGGCGUCUUUCCGGUACGCGUCUUUUUAUCCUCUACUCGUUUUUAUGCCUUCCACACACCCCGACUGCUAUCUAACGGGGUAUUUUCAGUUGAUGGGCCAGUAGGACCUCUCCGUCAAUGGUAAUGUAUGUAUAUGGUGAUAGUUUAGGGUGGAGCUCAUGAAGUGGAAAAAAUGCGCGUUUAAGGGAUUGGGUUGAGAGGGUAAAAGUACGGGUAUAUACGUAGCUAAUGAAGUUUUUGAGAAUAUCAUUCCGACUGAAAAUUAAAUACGCUUGUAUUGGAUUCAUACUCGAAUCCAAUACUACGUUUUAUCAGACUUCACGUCUAAGUUUGUGCGCUUUUUCUAUCUGAAAAUUCUAGGAACUCUUUUAAGACAUUUUCUUGCGACAUUUUACGAACGAAUCAAAGCAAGAAUCCUUAAAAAAGGAAACAAAACAACAGAAAAAGAGAGACAAAUAUGACAAUAAAAGAAAAAAAGAGAAAUAACUACAAAUACAAGUUCAUGAUAUCUGUGUUACUAUUGCGUGUUUCAAUUACUUUCAUUUUCAGUCUAAAUGCUACUCUUUACAUUUAAUAAUAUUUUUAGUCCAAAAACAUACUAUAUGGUAUACUUGUGAGUUGGAUCACAUGAUUCACAUGGCAUUUUGGUACAUAAUUGUACUUCUCUGUGGUUUUAACUUUACAAGAUUCAACCAUCUUUCUUACUUUCUUAAAUUUCAUGUACAAGUCAAAUUAAGACAUAAAAUGUAACCGAACGGUAAUAAAAAAUAGGUGUAAAAACUCAAGGUGUACUUGUUGUAGCAAAUGUUGAUGGACUUGUGACCUUAGCCAUGCGAACUACGCCUAGUAUUUGAGUGGAUCGAUUCGACUAUCUAUAGUAUUUCUUAUUUGGGUUUCCUUCUUAUUUUUGGUUAAAUUAUGCUUUUCACUUUAUGGCCCGUGGACCUUGUUUUUUUUUUUUUUUUUUUAUCUUUUAGAAAUAUAGAAAUAUUUGGCAAUGUACAUAAGCAGAUAUGGAUUUAAUAAUUUAAAUUUGAUGUAUGUAACCUUUGGAAUCAUAAAUUUGUAGUUUAAUAUUUGUUGAAAUUUUAUUAUGUAUCCAGCAACAUAACUAAUUGGCAUUUUGUG